AUGCUCAAAUCUGAGAAGCCGGACAAUUUGAGAGGAAUUGGAAUCAAUUGCUCUGAGCCUGAUGUUGUCGACGAAUUCGGUACUGUCAUGAAGGCAAACUUUCCAGAACUGACCUUGAUUUGCUAUCCAAAUACGGGAGAGACCUGGACGAACAACGCUGGUGAAUGGGAAGUUGAAUCAAGCCAGUGGGGUGGAACUAGAGCUGACCUUGCCUCUUACGUACCAAAGUGGCUUGAAGUCGGAUUCAAAUGGAUCGGUGGCUGCUGCAGAGUUGAACCUAAGGACAUUUCAAAAAUUGCAAACAUUGUCAAGAACAACACUGAACAAUAA